UUAUUUACCCACAAUAUAUUUCUACUUUGAUAGUUUAAUUUAACAUUUUAAAACUUUUAAAAAUAAAAUUUGAAAAAUGCGUUAUCAUAAUAUACUAUUAUUAAUGUGUAUAUUUAUAUGUAUUAUGUCAGCAUUGGCCGGAAAAAAAAAACAUGGCAAAGAUGUCGCAUCUUCAUCAAAAUCUGCUGAGGUUAAAAUUAGUAACGAUGAAACGUUGACAGACUCCAUUAAUAAGAUCAAUUUAAGUGACAAAACCGAUGUGAUUUCACCUACUACACAUGAAGUGAAUAAUAUACCAGAAACACAAUCUACACUUAUAAAGGAAGACAAUAAUACACCAGAAACACAAUCUACACUUAUAAAGGAAGUGAAUAAUAUACCAGAAACACAAUCUACACUUAUAAAGGAAGAAAAUAAUAAACCAGAAAACCGACCUUCGCUAUUAAAGAAUGAUAUAACAACUGAUCAAAUUAAUUUGCUUACGAGUAUUUAUAAUGUAGUGACUUCUAACGGUACGGAAAAAUUAACUGUUGACAUUUUGAAAUCCAUUUUUACAACGCUUGAACAGAAAAAAAGCGAUGAGGAAUAUAAUAUGAUAAUGAAAUUCCUUGAUUCUAAUGAUGACAGUGAAACUCAACUAAACAGAUUUUUGAACCUAUUCAACUUAAAUAGUCGUCAAAAACAAAAAGAAGAAAUAUUGUCGUCAACACGUAGUUAUGGAGAUAGGGAUUUAUUUAAUUUAAUAUCAAAGGGAAAGAGUUACUUCACUAUUAAUGACAUAAAUCGUGUGGGGGAUAUGAUAAAAUGUUCACAAUAUAAAUCUGAUAGCCUACAACCCUUAAAAAAAUAUACCCACGAAAAUGGCAAAGUCACAUAUGAAGAUUUUUUAAAAAUGUGGAAUGGUGAUAAUCUCAAAAAUUGAAAAUUAUUUGAUGUAGCGAAUUAUAAUUUAAAUAAAUACUUUUAUUUUGUAUUGCUAACAAUGAUUUAUAUUUUGUUAUAUACUUUUUAAUAUACUUUCCAUUAAAAUUUCA